AUAAAAACAAUUCACGAACUACAGUGAAGUAAAAUGAACACUGUUCUGCUCUUACAGGUCUGGUUCCAAAACCGCCGCGCGAGACGGAGAAAGCAUGAAAUAAAGAAUAAACCAGCCCCACCGAUGCCUGGUUCCAAAAUGAGGCCAGACAACCGUGACGUCAUUCUGCCGGCCAUGUCCCAGCCGUUGUCCGCUGUUUUCCCGCCAAUUCAUCAAACGCCUCUCAAGUCAUGGAGUCCAGUCUACGCUCCGUUUGCAGGCAGCCCUUCUGUGUUCCCGCCCUGGGGUGUGCUUGGAUCAGACGUUUUCAACGGAGAUACCAAUUUUCCGUUUGCUGCUUCACAAACAGUCAGCGCGAUUGUCCACCCACGUGAAUCAGCUUCAACAGGUACUCCGCUCAGCUCCAGUACUUCACCUGUUAACAACCGCGUGACCGAGCACCAAGCCCCCUAUGACUCGGACAGUGGAGAGAGCCGCCACUCUGCCGACGAUUAUUUGGCCGCGGCAACCUUGGCUUGCGGUUUUAAGCGAGAAAAUUAGGAUAAGCAACGCACGCACGCGACAGUAUCAAUCAUUUUAGGGUUAGUUGAACAUCGAAAACCGGAUACCGACAGACCGGAAACGUAGAUAGAUUUCUGUUUUCCUUAGGUGUAUUUACAGAAAUGAAAUAGCAUAGUUGAUAAGAAUAUUUUUAAAUGCCAUGAAUUAGUAAACUUUAACUCUUCUAGUUUUGUUGCCGAAGUUUUUAGAACAGCGAAUACAAAAGUCACGAGGUGGAAACUACAUGUAGCUUAUCACAUUUGUAAAUUACAUGUCUUGCAGACUGUCAAAAAAUAAAUUCUUUGACAAAAUAUACUAAUUGACUUCACUCAUCGGCCUAAGUCUGCAUACGAGCCAAGUGGCCCACCAGGCCGGAGCUUAUCUCUGGUUUCUGUAGCAUGAAGCGACUAGGAGUAUUUCUACUCCCCCCUGGAUGGGAUUGUAGUCCAUCGCAGGUUUACCACCGGCAUUAAAUCCGUCACUACCAUUUAUACACCUGGGUAGAGAGAGAGACUGUGAAAGUAAAGUGUCUUGCCCAACAACACAACACAAUGUCCCCAGUCAGCGCUCGAACCCGGACAGCUCAAUCUGGAAUUGAGUGCACUAACCGUGAGGUCACCGUGCCUCUACACUCAUCUGCCUAUUCUUUUUACAAUUCUGGGUCGUAAUAAAACAGGGGCUAUAUUGUCUAGAGCUGAGUUUUAUAUAUCUGAGAUAUCUUCCUAAGGAGCUCUAGACUAAAGCCACGCUUCAAAAAUUGCAAGUUCUUUCUAGUCAAGGUCAAUUUGACCAAAUCCAUGGAUAGUGGUUCCUGCACUUGAACCAUCAAUGAUCAUUACUCAACGAAAGUUAAACUUCUGCAAUUCUAAGAGCCUGGCGUCAUUUCUGUAGACCAUGUGCCCAAUUUGAACAUAAAACACAA